AUGUAUGACUCGUACCGUCCUCAUCUCCUGCUAGCCCAGGUCCCUUUGACUGUCUCGCCUUUCAUCAGUCUCCCCACCUCUGUCACCCUUCCCUACACCUACAAAUCAGUCUCCUCGACCCUCCCGCCGUCAGUGACGGUCGAUCCAGUCAACCCUGAUAAUAAAGCUCGUUAUGUCGUUUCCUCGAAUGGUGAACAUGCAGCUCACCCAGAUGAGAUCUUGGCUGCCUGCCAAUCCCUCGAACAGCACCUGAAGAAGACCCAGAGCAACGCCACAGAAGCUAUCAAGGCAUGGGAAGAAUCUAUCCAGCAGCGUGAGCUGGCUGAGAAGCGCCGCGUUGCGCCCGGGUGGCUAGACCGUGAAGAGAAGCUACUACAACCGAGCCGAGCUGCUGGGCUUCAGGGCCCUAGGGGCGAAGCUGGGACAAGCCUGUUGGAUAGCUCCUCAGCCGAUGAGGGAUCGGCAAUUUUGCCUGCAAUAAUGCCCCGGGAUGGAGAAGAAGAACUUGAUCGAGCAUUUGGUGGGCUGGGUGUGAAGUAA